CAUAGCAAGGUACGUCGUUGGGGACCAGUCCCAGUAACAAGCUCAAAGCUGGGCACUGUGACGUCCCAGGUACCCAAACAAACCUUGGACCAGCGAGGUCGUCGGCCCGGCUGGGGCACCCAGGGUUCCCGCGGCUCCCUCUCCCCCAGGGGGCGCUCAGCGGGGCCCUGGAGCUGGCGGGAGCGGAGAGGGCGCGGGGCGGCCGGGGGCGAGGCCAUGCGCCCGCAGAGGGCGGCGCUGCUGCUGGCGCAGCUGCUGGUGCGGAUCGAAAUCGCCGAGCAGGCCCUUCGGGACAAGGACCUGCUGCUUCCAGGUUUUCAGAACUCGUCGAUGCUCGCAUGGCCUUGUGGCCAACGGGUCAUCCCGACACGCAUAGUGGGUGGAAAGGAUGCAGAGAUCGGACACUGGCCGUGGCAGGGCAGCCUGCGUCUGUGGGGCUACCACUUCUGCGGAGCGAGCCUGCUCAACCGCCGCUGGGCGCUCUCGGCCGCGCACUGCUUUGAAAACAACCGAAAUCCCUUUCACUGGUCAGUCCAGUUUGGAGAGCUGUCUGCCGCACCAUCCAUUUGGAACUUGCAAGCCUACUACAACCGUUACAAUGUGGACCAGAUUUUCCUGAGCCCCUACUAUCUGGGCGCUCCGGUGUAUGACAUCGCCCUGUUGAAGCUGUCCUCCUCAGUCACCUAUACUAAGUACAUCCAGCCCAUCUGUGUCAUGGCCUCCAUCUCCGAGUUUGAGAACAGGAGUGACUGCUGGGUGACCGGCUGGGGAGACAUUGAAGAAGAGCUGAGUCUGCCAUCUCCCUACACCCUCCAGGAAGUGCAGGUCGGGAUCAUAAACACCACUAUGUGUAAUCACCUGUUCUCAAUGCCCGAUUUCCGCAUUGACAUCUGGGGAGACAUGAUUUGCGCUGGCGACCCUCAAGGCGGCAAGGAUUCCUGCUUUGCCUGGCCUUCAAGACACUGUGUCCCUCACCGAUCCCUUCCAGGGACCCAUACGGGGACCUGGGCCUGGCCUGGCCAGGAGUCUGUAGAGCCAGCAGGGUUGGAGCCCAGGAGCUUCUGAACCGAUACCAGGAAGAUGUGCAGGCCUGCCCUGCAGCCACAUGUGGAUGGCCUCUGAGGGCCUCACACCCCAGUCCUGGGAGAGGAGGUCUCCCACACACGGUGCCCGCCGGGCUCUGGCCCGCCCAGGCUGUUCUGCAGUUCGCGGGCAGCACCCCCUCCCAGCCAUGAGAGGAAGUUCCCACGUCAACCCUGAGAGGUGCUGGGGGCAGAGCCAGAGGUGGUGCCCAGCGCCCAGCCCCCAGCCCCCAGCCCAGCUUCAGGUGGGGUCCCCUGGGCUGGGUGACGGUGCCCUUCCUUCAGAAGGAGAAGCAGGCUGCAGCCAGCCACCACGCCAUCCUCACCCGCCUCAGUAUCGACCUCUGAGAGUUUCACCUGAGACCGGUGGCCUCUCAAGAGGCCUCUUAUCUGAAGAAAUAGCCCCCUCAGGUCAUCGGGAGGCCCUGUGGGUGGCCCCGAAGGUGUUAUUUUGAUUUGAACAUGUCACAAACUGUACAGCGGCCUGGGAGACACACCCAACUGUCUUCUAAACUGGAUGUACCAAUAGUAUGUUCCCACCAGCUAUGAAUGAGUUCAGCUUCAUUUUUUAUAUCUAAAAAUUUGUACCUUUCCUCCAGAUGGUUAGAAUAAAAUGAGUUAAUUUAUAAACGGCUUAGAACAAUAUCCGGUAUAGAAGAAGCAAGUUUCCCUGGUGGCUCAGUGGUAAAGAAUUCGCCUGCAAUGCAGGAGAUGCUGGUUCGAUCCUUGGGUUGGGAAGAUCUCUUGGAGGAGGAAAUGACAACUCACUCCAGUAUUCUUGCCUGGGAAAUCCCAUGAACAGAGGAGCCUUACAGGCUACAGUCCAUGGGGUCUCAAAAGAGUCAGAUACAAAUGAUUGGCUGGACAACAAACCCAGAAUAAGCACUGUGCCUGGGCUCUCAUCACCACCGUCACCCCGACUACCACCAUCACCAACAUCUGCAUCGCCACCCUGUGACCCAGCCAGCAGAAUUUUGAAAGGAAGAGAACGCCCAGCUCCCGAGGCCCCAGUGUGAGCACCAGAAUGACCACCUUACUUCUCUUUCUCUAGAUCGAUUCUGGAACAGCCCAGCCCUCCUCAGCCAUGCCUCUAUUUUAGCAGUGGUUCCCAACAUGUAUUCCAUGGAAUGUUAUUUCCCAAGGCUGUGAAUAGACUUCAUUUGUAAAAGGAGCCUAUGAUCACAGACUCUGGGGAAAGUGAAAUCUUUAAAAAAAUUUUUUUGUUGACCUAGAACCUAUUAUACAGAGUGAAGUGACUCAGAAAGAAAAAGAUAAAUAUCGUAUUCUAAUGCAUAUAUACAGAAUCUAGAAAAAUGGUGCUGAAGAAUUUAUUUACAGGCCAGCAGUGGAGAAACAUACAUGGAGAAUAGACUAAUGGACAUGGGGAGAGGGGAGGAGAGGGUGAGAUGUAUGUUGUGAGUAACAUGGAAAUUUACAUUACUGUAUGUAAAAUAGACAGCCAAUGGGAAUU